AUGAAAUUACCCAUAGUACUCGUGUUGUUUACAUUACUCGCCGCACAUGUGGACUGUCGGCGUCCGUUCCUACCAGACAUCUUCGAAAGCUUCACAAACAAAACAUCACAAUUAACCAACUUCAUCCGCCAACGAGGUAGGGAUUUCAAGAAAUAUUAUAUUGACAACGUGAAGAAUCGAAUCGCGUCUUAUUUCGUACCGAACACUACUGACAAUGAUGAUUUGGAACAGAAUGACCAGUUAAGAGUGAAAAGGAAGUUCAAGCAUUACGUUACGACUGCACAGAGUACGGAAAGUACUAUAUCGAACGCGAUAACUUCGACGGAAUUGAUGUACAAGUGUUCUGAUGACGACCCUAUGAUACACAUGACGACGCCGCAACUGCUGGCUCUCAACGGUUACCGAGCGGAAUCCCACACGAUCCUCACAGAUGAUGGAUACCUUCUCACCGUCCAUAGGAUCCCCUUUCACAACCAAACUGGAGUCAAAGAAGACCCUAGAAGAACAGUGCUGUUACAUCACGGGUUGCUCGGAAGCUCCGCUGACUGGGUCAUCCCCGGACCAGGGAAAGGCUUAGCCUACAUCUUAUCCGAUGCAGGAUAUGACGUGUGGAUGGCAAAUGUCAGAGGCAACACGUAUUCACGAGCCCACAUCAACAGACCGGUGGAUUCGUUCGCCUUUUGGAAUUUUUCGUUUCACGAAGUAAGCCAACACGAUUUGCCCUCGAUAAUAGAUUACAUUAUGGAAAUAAAAGGAUGGGACGUGAAAAUAAACUACAUCGGACAUUCUAUGGGGACGACAGUGUUGUUCGCGCUUUUGUCGACAAAAGUACAAUACAAUAAGGUGCUAAGGGCUGGUUACGCGUUAGCACCUGUCGCUUACAUGACCGAUAUCAAAAGUCCUAUCAAGAUACUAGCAAAAUUUGCGAAUAACAUCGAUUAUUUAAUGAAAUUACUCGGUGCGAACGAGUUUCUACCACAGAACACUGUUUUGAGAUGGUUGUCGAAGCACGCUUGUGAAAUUAAUCAUUACGAGGAAGCGAUAUGCGAAAAUUCCAUGUUUGUUUUGUGCGGGCAUGAUGAGAAGGAAUUUAAUAGGACAUUGUUGCCUAUAAUUCUCGGCCACGUGCCGGCGGGAGCUUCAACGAAGACAUUAGUGCAUUAUGCUCAAAUAAUACAUAAUGGUGGACGUUUCCAACAGUACGACUACGGCCCCGAUGAAAACUUCAUACAAUACGGGACAUACAGUCCUCCAGAAUACUCCAUUCCACACAUAACCUUGCCUAUAGCCCUAUUAAGCGCGGAGAAUGACUGGCUAUCAGGCGACGUUGAUGUCACCAACUUAUUCGUGCAAUUAGCGAACCCUCUAGAACAUUACAUUGUGCCUAUGAAAGAGUUCAACCAUAUAGACUUUCUAUGGGCCAUUGACGCCCCUAAGUUAGUAUAUUCAAAGCUACUGCAAAUGUUAGAAGACGGUGUUAGCAGUCACACGUACUUCAACCCAGACCUAAUGGGUUCGAAUGAGUUAAAUGAUUAUAUGAGGAAUUAAUGUAUGUUUUUGAAUAACAAAGUAGUGCGUGGGACUCGAUGAGUAUUGAUUAAGAAUUUGAUACAUGUACAAGUACUGAACCGUUGUUUUAUAAAUAUUUUUUAAGGAAAAAUAAACAUUGUGACAAAGUGUAAA